AUGGGACUGAAAAUAGAGACAGAUAAGGCUUCACUAAUGGUAUUGGAGACGCGCAAAUUGUUAGGCAUACUCUUUGAGAUGCCUCAACGGGACCGUCGAAUUCCCGAUCUCGAGGCGCAGCUUCGUCAAUCAACCUACGUGGUGGACGAGAACACCGAUGAGCGACAACCAAUAUCCGCUGAUAACAAACACAUACUAUCAGAGAGCCGCCUGGAGGACAUCAAGGUGCGUGCCUGUUUUGUCAGUCCAGCAGAGAGGGCUGCCCUGUGGAAUAACUGGCGUUGUUUGACCAAGGAGGGCACCGAACCGCACGACAACAUCCCCGUGCCGGAGUUUGCGGAGGAGUCGUUUGCCUAUCCAAUAGGUGACGAGGGUGGCCAGUAGUCCCUCCUUCUGUGCCCCAUUGAUUGCCGUAGGUAA